AUGGCGCCGCUUGUUGACGACCCCAAGAUACAGCAGUCGAGCCUGCACAAUCCGCUGCCGCUGCAGCUGCACACCUACGUUUGGCCAUUUCUGAUAAUAUGGCCCGCCUGGUCUGCCAUCUAUCUUUCGACAGAGCGCUACGAGAAAUACAUCCAAUCCUCGGAAUGGACAUUUGUCUGGGUCGCCACCAUCCUCACUUUCCAGUCGCUGUUCUGGCUCAUGACCCAUUGGAACGUUAACUUGAAAAGUGCCUUCACCACCACGUCGGCCCGCGACGUUCGCUCCGCACAACUUAUCAAAGUCCACCCCAUCAAGAACGCGGGUGCGGCUGAGAUCUGCAAAUUGGUGCGCGACAAUGUCGGUGGAAAACCUAACCUUUCGUUCCUCUUCCAGAAGCGCCGAUUUCUCUACGACGCAGAGAAGGGCUCGUUUGCCCCGCUCGUCUAUCCCCUCGACACCGAACCGAAGCCCCAGCUCCAGACGUUCCAACAGUCCCAAGGCCUCGUCUCGCCUGCCGAAAUUGAGCGACUCACGCAACAUUAUGGCGACAACACGUUUGAUAUUCCCGUCCCGACCUUUACGGAGCUGUUCAAGGAGCACGCCGUCGCGCCCUUUUUCGUCUUCCAGAUCUUCUGCGUGGGACUGUGGAUGUUGGACGAAUACUGGUACUACUCGCUGUUUACGCUCUUCAUGUUGGUCGCCUUCGAGAGCACUGUCGUCUGGCAGAGGCAGAGGACGCUGAACGAGUUUCGCGGGAUGAGCAUCAAGCCCUACGAGAUUCUGGUAUACCGCCAGAAGAAGUGGCAGGAGGUCAUGAGCGACAAGCUCCUGCCAGGCGAUAUCGUCAGCGCUGGCAGGACCAAGGAAGACUCUGGUGUGGCAUGUGAUAUGCUCCUCCUCGAAGGCUCUGCCAUUGUCAAUGAAGCCAUGUUAUCUGGCGAGAGUACCCCGGUGCUCAAGGAGUCGGUACAAUUGCGCCCUGGCGAUGCUUGCAUCGACCCGGAGGGUUCAGACAAGAACUCGUUCCUUUGGGGUGGCACCAAGGUUCUCCAGGUUUCGCACGGCAGCAAUGCUGAGGAAGACGGUGGCCACGUGUCAAGAUUGUCAUCUGGAGUUCCGCCACCACCAGACAAGGGCGCCGUGGCUGUUGUCAUCAAGACCGGAUUUGAGACGAAUCAGGGCAGCCUUGUUAGGACUAUGAUCUUCGCCACGGAGCGCGUGUCUGCGAACAAUGUCGAAGCACUCUUUUUCAUCCUCUUCCUUACCGUUUUCGCCGUCGCCGCUUCGUGGUAUGUUUGGCAGGAGGGUGUCAGGCUAGACCGCCAGCGCAACAAGCUUCUGCUUGACUGUGUCUUGAUCGUCACCAGUGUUGUACCCCCGGAACUUCCUAUGGAACUAAGCUUGGCCGUCAACACCAGUCUUGCGGCCCUGAGCAAGUACGCCAUCUUCUGUACCGAGCCUUUCCGUAUUCCGUUUGCUGGCCAAGUUGACGUAGCCUGCUUUGACAAGACCGGUACCUUGACAGGAGAAGAUCUCGUAGUCGAUGGUAUUGCCGGGUUGUCGCUGGGUCAGAACGGGGCCAAGCCCGGUCCAGAUGGUGCGCAUACAGGCCUCUUGAAAGUCACGGAUGUCCCAACCGAAACUACAUUGGUCCUCGCUACUGCGCAUGCACUAGUUAAACUAGACGAUGGCGAGACUGUUGGUGAGCCUAUGGAGAAGGCGACCCUUCAGUCGCUUGGCUGGAAGCUUGGAGCUAAGGAUACCCUGACCGCAGCGACAACUACUGCAAAGUCUCACGCCGAACUCGUCCAUAUUCGUCGCCGAUUUCAAUUCUCGUCUGCUCUCAAGCGACAAAGUUCCGUAGCCACAGUCCUUGUCAACAACAAUAAGACUGGCAGGAAGGUCAAGAGCACGAUCGCCGCUGUCAAAGGCGCGCCUGAGACGAUUCUAAAGAUGCUGGUAAAUGCUCCACCAAACUACGAGGAGACCUUCAAGCACUUCACUAGAAAUGGUGGCCGUGUGCUCGCUCUCGCUUACAAGUUCCUUUCUGAGGAGGGAGAGUGGGGACAAAACCGUAUCAACGAUCUCAAACGCGAGCAGGUCGAAUCUGAUUUGCACUUCGCCGGCUUCCUGGUUCUCCAAUGUCCAUUGAAGCCUGACGCUAUCGAGGCUGUUCGUAUGUUGAAUGAGUCUAGCCAUCGUGUCGUCAUGAUCACCGGAGACAACCCAUUGACCGCCGUACACGUCGCCAAGCAGGUCGAGAUCGUUGACCGCGAUUGCUACAUCUUAGACGCGCCCGAACGUGAUGAAUCCGGCGAGAAGCUUGUGUGGCGCAGCGUCGAUGACAAGACUAACAUUUCAGUGGAUCCUACCAAGCCUCUUGAUGCUGAAAUUUUGAAGUCCAACGAUAUUUGCGUCACUGGAUAUGCGCUCUCGAAAUUCACUGACCAACCUGGCUGGAAGCAAAUCUUGCGACACGCGUGGGUAUACGCACGUGUAUCGCCUAGACAGAAGGAGGAGAUUCUACUCGGACUCAAGGACUGCGGAUAUACGACCCUUAUGGCUGGUGAUGGAACCAAUGAUGUCGGCGCCUUGAAACAAGCUCAUAUCGGUGUUGCUCUGCUCAACGGUACUCGCGACGACCUGGAUAAGAUUGGCGAACAUUUCCGCAACACGCAGAUGAAGGCAGUGUACGAGAAGCAGUGCUCGUUGAUGCAAAGGUUCAACCAGCCCCAGCCGCCUGUCCCCCUUUUGAUCGCGCAUCUGUACCCUCCUAGCCCAACGAAUCCGCAUUAUGAGAAGGCUAUGGAAGCGCAGGCUAAGAAGAAGGGUCUGCUCACCGAGGCCAAUGGUGCAGCGAAUGGUUCUACUGGCGCACUUGUCCAACAGCAGCCAGGCCAAACACAGCCAGCACAGGGUGCUGGUAAUAUUGCGCAGCAAUUCCAAGAGAAGAUGAUGAUGCAAGAGAUGGACGAACUCAGCAAUGAGCCGCCGACGAUCAAAUUAGGUGAUGCUUCUGUUGCUGCUCCGUUUACUUCGAAGCUUGCAAACGUUGUUGCGAUCCCGAACAUCAUCCGACAAGGUCGAUGCACGCUUGUUGCUACGAUUCAAAUGUACAAGAUCCUAGCGCUGAACUGCCUGAUCUCCGCGUACAGUCUGUCCGUUCUAUACCUCGAUGGUAUCAAGUUCGGUGACGGCCAGGUCACGAUCUCAGGCAUGAUGAUGAGCGUGUGCUUCCUAUCCAUCUCUCGCGCAAAAACCGUCGAAGCUCUCUCGAAGGAGCGCCCUCAACAUAAUAUCUUCAACACUUACAUCAUUGGCUCUGUACUUGGCCAAUUUGCCGUACACAUUGUAACCCUCAUCUAUGUAUCGCAAUACGUGCAGCGCGUCGAACCCAAGGAUCCCAAUCCCGACCUCGAGAAAGAUUUCGAGCCCUCCCUCCUCAACAGCGCCAUCUACCUGCUGCAGCUGAUUCAGCAGAUCUCCACGUUUGCGAUCAACUACCAAGGCCGUCCCUUCCGCGAAUCCAUCCGCGAGAACAGGGGCAUGUACUGGGGCCUCGUCCUUGUCUCUGGUGUCGCAUUUUCAUGCGCCACUGAAUUCAUUCCGGAACUCAACACGAAGCUGAAACUCGUUCCCUUCACUUCUGACUUCAAGGUCAUGAUCACGAGUAUCAUGGUGCUAGAUUUUGGUGCCUGCUGGAUCAUUGAGAAGGGCUUGAAAUGGGGCUUCAGCGAUAACAAACCAAAGGAUAUUGCGCUAAGACGUCCGGAUCAGUUGAGGAGAGAGGAGCAGAGGAAGCUUGAAGAGGAGCAUGAGGCGCAGAAGAAGAAGAACGCCGAGAUUGAAGAGAAGGCGCGUGCUGCGGGGUUGGUUACAGCUAAAUGA